AUGAUUUCAACAGUUUCAUUUAAUUUAAAUCAUACAGAUUUAAAAGAGAAUGCACCGAUGACAAUCAAGUCGAAAUCGGGUAGUGGAGGAGGUGGAUCAUCGACUCCGGGAUUGAGUUCCACCAAGCAAAAGUCGGUACUGGCCGGAACCAACACACCCAGAGGUGCCUUCAGAGAUCUUACCAAUGCAAGUGUUACUCCCCACCAUCAAUUGUCAACCAAGAACAAAAAGAUAAUACUCCAAACGACAACAACCGCCAACGCUACUCCAAAGUCAUUGACACCGGCGCAUCCAAAUAUCUUGUUUGUACCGUCCUCAUCGUCCUCGUCCACUUCCUUUAAGAAAUUGAAUUCUCAAUUGAUUAAACCAAUGGAGAAUAAGAAGAAAUUGGUAACACCAACACCGACACCAACAACACCAACACCAACAUUGAAGGAAUUAUCGUCGUCACCAGUUGCCGGAGAAGUCUCGGAACCUGUUCCACGCAUCGACGUAAUGUAUCCGGCACCAAAGAUCCCAUUGAGUAUCGAGAACAAGAUGAGCAACCAAAUGAUUAAAUCGAUGAUUAUGACACCGGCAUCCAAUCAUCUUUGUGGCCACAGCAACGACACCAGUACACUCUACGAGAAUUCCUACGAUGAAAUUGAUUUCUCAAAUUACGAUAAUACCAACAACAAUAAUAAUAGUAACAACAACAAUAAUAAUAAGAGUUUAAUUAGUAUUGUUCCAGAUUAUCUUGAUGAUAUCAACUAUAAUGGUUGCAACAUGGACUCAGAUCUCAUUGAACCACCACCUUCACCCCUCAUUUCAGAACCAAACAAUAAUCUUAUCAACAACACAUUUUCAUUUACAGAUUAUUUCAAUCAAAUCUUAUUGUAA